AUGGAGUUCUUCGUAGUAUUCGCUCUCCUCUUGGCUUCGGCCUACGCUUCGCCAACUAUUUUCCAAAGGGAACUAGUUGUUCCCGUUUUGGAUGACAACGUUGAAGGACGUAUUACUAAUGGCCUAACUGCUGCUUCUGGACAAUUCCCAUAUCAAGUUGGUCUCUCAUUGAAAGUGAGCUCUACUUCGUCAGCCUGGUGCGGUGGUUCUUUGAUUGGUAACAAAUGGGUCCUUACCGCUGCUCAUUGUACCGACGGUAUUUCUUAUGUUACCGUCUACUUGGGUUCAACUUAUCGUACAGCGGCUGAAGCUACAUACACCGUAUCGAGCAGUGAUAUAAUCAUCCACUCUGGCUGGAACUCCAAUACGUUGAGAAACGAUAUUUCUCUCAUAAAAAUCCCAUCAGUGUCCUACACUAGCAGAAUCCAAGCUGUUCCAUUGCCUGCUGUUUCUAGCUCUUACUCCACUUAUGCCGGUGAUUCUGCCAUCGCUUCCGGUUGGGGACGUAUCAGUGAUUCUGCUACCAGUGUGACCAACUACUUGCAAUAUGCCAUCGUGCAAGUGAUUACCAAUGCUGCUUGCGCUGCAACAUAUGGCACAACGUAUGCAACCAGCGGCAACAUUUGCAUCGCCACGACUGGCGGAGUAUCCACUUGCAAC